AUGGCCGAAAACGCUUCCACCCCUGCUCCUACGGCUAUGCCCUCGGCCCCUCAGGCUGCGCCCGCCCAGAAUGCUCAGUACGAUGGCGCACAGGGUAAUGGCCAGGGCAACCCAUCCCACAUGGCCCCGCCUGCGCGGCCCCCGGUGGUGAUUCCCCAGAACAACAAUCCAAUCCCCACGGCCAUUUCUUCGCCCAUGUCCGGCAAUAUGAUGUCUCCCACGAGCGCGGGUGGCUACGUUCGUCGCGCUGCCCCCGAGCCCAACAAGAGAGCUCUGUACGUUGGUGGCUUGGACCCUCGGGUCACGGAAGAUAUCCUCAAGCAGAUCUUUGAGACAACCGGCCACGUGCUCAGCGUGAAGAUCAUCCCGGAUAAGAAUACACUGAUGGCGUCUCAACAGUUCAACAGCAAGGGCUCGAACUACGGCUUUGUUGAAUUUGACGAUCCUGGCGCCGCAGAACGUGCGAUGCAGACUCUCAAUGGUCGACGGAUUCAUCAGUCGGAAAUCCGCGUCAAUUGGGCCUACCAGUCCAACAGCACCAGCAAGGAAGAUACUUCGAACCAUUAUCAUAUUUUCGUUGGUGACCUGAGCAACGAGGUGAAUGAUGAAGUUCUCACCCAGGCAUUCUCGGCCUUUGGCUCGGUUUCCGAGGCACGUGUGAUGUGGGACAUGAAGACAGGUCGCUCCCGAGGCUAUGGGUUUGUUGCCUUCCGAGACCGUGCGGAUGCUGAUAAGGCGCUCAAUGCGAUGGAUGGAGAAUGGCUGGGAUCUCGUGCCAUUCGAUGCAACUGGGCGAAUCAGAAAGGUCAACCCUCGAUCUCGCAGCAGCAGGCGAUGGCUGCUAUGGGCAUGACCCCGACGACUCCCUUCGGGCACCACCAUUUCCCUACCCAGGGGAUUCAGAGCUACGACAUGGUUGUUCAGCAGACUCCGCAGUGGCAAACUACCUGCUAUGUGGGCAAUUUGACUCCCUACACUGCCCAGAACGAUCUGGUUCCUCUGUUCCAGAAUUUUGGCUAUGUUCUUGAGACACGUCUGCAGGCCGACCGUGGGUUCGCAUUUGUGAAGAUGGACUCGCACGAAAAUGCCGCAAUGGCCAUCUGUCAGCUGAAUGGCUACAACGUGAACGGGCGUCCGUUGAAGUGUAGCUGGGGCAAAGAUCGUCCCCCCACCGGCCAAUUUGACAACUUCUCUCCACAGCAAGCUGCCGCUGCCGCUGCGGCCGCUCCCCCUUCAACAAUGGCCCGGGUACGUCCAACCCUUUCUCGAUUUGCCUCCGUUGUCCAUCUUACUGACAAUAGAGGCACAGGUCCUGCCGCUGCUGGUCGAGGCUGGGAUCAACAAGGCAACAACUUUGGUGGGCCCGGAAUGCCCGCCCAGGGUUAUGCACAGGGUAAUGGCGGCUUCGGUCGCGGCCAACCCAUGUCCCCGUCUGGUAACUGGGAUCAGUCCAACAGCGGUUUCAACGGAGCCUACCAGGCGUAG